CGUCGACGACGAGGCGCCUACGGUGACUUCGUAAAUCUCAAGAUGAUAUGCCGGCUCAGUCUCUCGGAGGUGCUCAUAGGGGUAGGGUGACGGACGUGAGUUAUGCAUCUUGCACAACAUGAUCGUUGAGGAUGAGGGUGACAAAUGUGAGACAUGUAGGACUUGACAACCCCGGCCCACCCAAACCCUUUCCAGACCUGUCGUGGUUUUGUCACGACAGAUGUCCUUGUGAAAGAACUUGGUCGUGGAGCCAUCGUGACGGGUUAGCUUAAAGGGGUUAAAGCGGACAAGGGACGCAAAGGGUUUAUACUGGUUCGGCCCCUUGCGGUGAAGGUAAAAGCCUACGAUCCAGUUGUUGUGGGAUUGCUUGGGUUUUGAUGACCAAGGAGCGAAUACGCUUUGCCCGAGUCUCGAGUUGUUGUCUGUUGUUCUUGAACCGCCGCCGGGUCGUCUCCUUAUAUACAUGGGUUGACGCCCGUCGGUUUACAGAAUUUCGAGGCCGUCUCAUAAACGUUUCUGGCUCAUAAACGUGUCCGGCUCGAUCUCCGCUCUUUUUAUCUUACAACACAAGUCUACAUAUUAAUGUCGGCUUAUGUCUACAGGCCUUGAACCGGCUCUGGGCCCUAGGCCUUCAUAAAGCGUCAUCGUCUUUGUCUUCAUGGGCUUCAGAUACAAUGAACCACUAUGGGGUUAACCCGGUCUCUCCUGGUCGGUUUACGCCCAGUAGUAAUAUCCUCAACAUUAGGCCCUAGAUUGAUUUGAACUGGUUCAUGUCAAUCCUCAAUGCUUCAUCAUCUUCACAAAAAUCUUGUAAACCACCAUGAUAAAUCGCCAUGACGUCAUCUGUUAUUAAAAAUUGCCUAAAGCUCGCUUUUAUUAAUGAGCCUCCGACAAUCGAGGCGACAGCUCCGCCUCAUAUCCAAAUCUUGGGCUCCUCGAUUUUCGCGCCUGACGUUUAUCCUUCUGCCUUUAUAAAUAGGGCCAGGGGGUCUUUCCAUUCCCCCUCCCCCGUGCCUCUUCACAUCAUCUCCUUCCUUGUGCCGCCCGACCUUUGUAGCUCCGCCGCUGCCGUCGACCUUCGUUUCUGCCUCCGCAAUGGCCGCUGCAUCAGCCUGACCGGACCAGAGAAGCACGGCGCUCCUCCGCUGUUCCCUCAUCAUCAGUGAGUUCUUCUUUUCUUUGCUCUAGAUCCACCAUUAGGGUUUCAAUGUUCAUCGGAGUCUAUCAAAGCUCCGCCGAUGUUCUUUCCUGUUCUUUUCAUUAGCACAAACGACUAGCUGGAUCCGAUAUUUCUUUCGCGGCCGUAGCCAUAACCCCCUUUCUAUUAGAUCUGCUCCCUUACACAAAACUCAUCUGAACUUUGCUGAACUGUUCAAGUACUUGAAAUUAGGUCUGAAUUUAUUUUGAUUUUCCAACGCACGACAGAUUUGAAAUUACCAUGCCAAGCUGUGAAACUUGUUUUUCCUUCACUUACGCAUCUUUAGACUUGUAUCUUCAAUACCAGAUUGGGCGGUUUAACUCCAUAGAAAAAUGAUGCCUAGUAGAUACCAUUAGUCCCUGGUUGAACCGCCAAUGCAUUUGUCUUUGCACCUUCUCCAUUGUCAGACUCCGGUUUACCAAUAACAAACUCCGGCUUAACAUUAUGCAUACACCUUUGCACCACUAUACAGUUGUCCAUUGUGAAUCUUAAACCGGUAAUAAUUAUGUAUCAGCUUGUCAUUGAAAUGGCCAAACAAGUCUAUGAGUGCAACUGGGCUCCUUCCCGGGUUACCAAGAGCAAUUAAAUGGAUGUGUCGCGACUGGCGCUUUAGCCAAGAAAGAGGUCAUCCACUGGAGGGUCCUCGGUCUAGAAAAUCCUCCUGAGCCUAAAGACGGAGAAGUAGUCGUUUUUGUUGAUCACCUGGCCCGAGGCUUUAGCCCUCCCGGUUCAAAAUUCUUUCGAGACGUGCUUGCAAGUUUUCAGCUUCACCCUUAGGACAUAGGCCCAAAUCCUGUGUCCAACAUCUGCCAUUUCCAAGUUUUUUGUGAGGCUUAUCUUCAAGAGGAGCCCACAGUUGAAUUGUUUAGAGAUUUCUUUCACUUAAACCGCCGCACAGAGUUCACAGAUGGACCCAAUACUGAAUUGGGCGGAAUGGCGGUUCAGAAGAGGAAGGAAGUCACUUUCCCUCAUGCCAAGCUUCAUAGUCACCCCAAAGAAUGGAACCAAACUUGGUUUUACUACAAGGAUACAUCUCCAACUGAUGAAAAACCCUUGCCGGGUUACUGCCCUCAUCGCCUGAGCAACGCACACCCUUUUCCUCAGAGGUUGACGGCAAAAGAAAGGGCCAACUAUGCCCCACAACUGUCAUAACUUAGAGCUUUCAUGGCGAACGAUUUGACACGUGUUGACUUUGCUCGUUGUUGGAUAAGCUGGAGCAUUCUGCCCUUAAGCCGGCGCCCCGGUUUGAUGUGUCAGUACAUAGGAAGCUUGACCGAUCCUCAACAAAUAUUAAUAUUCAGCUAACAGAGGCUGAAGUUACCGAGGCUGUCAAGAAAAUGUUGAAUGAACCGGAGGCCGUCUGCGGCCAGACCGGACUAAGUCCUUUCUAUACCUCCAACAAACCGCCAGCUGGUAAUGAUCCGUUCUGGAAUAAAAAACCGCCACAGGAUAAACCGGCAAAACCACAUCGCAUGAAGACCAAAGUUGUUAAGAAACCUGCCAAGAAAAGGACCACUGCAUCCUCCGAGCCAAAUGCUGAUGAUGAUGUGGGUAACCCGGAAUCAGAGGUAGAACUUGACUCUCUUGGUUCAUUUUUUGUACACCUCAUUGACAAUGACUAUUAUCAGGACGAUGUUGAAGGCAGUCAAGCUGAUGACGUAGAGGGUACUUCCCACUCAUCUUCUGGCGAGUCAUCGGCCACACAGCUUCCACCCCUCAAAACAGUUCCUGGUGCCAAGCCUAGACCUAGCAAGAAGGCUCGGUUAAAUAAACCGACUGAUGAUAAUGUAGCUAUUGAACCAGAAAAAACUCCAGAUCCGGAAGAAACCGACGCUGACGCCAUGCUUAAUGAUCCGCCGCCUCAAGACCAUGAAUUCUUUGCUGAACGAGUGCAAGUUGACACCAUAAGCCAUGCAGACCAGCCAACCAGCCCUGUCCGAACUGAUGACAAACCGGUCAGUCCAGUUAAGGAUACUGACAAACCUCCAACUCCAGUAAAGGCUGCUGAUGAUAAAGAGGAUGAUGUUGUGAUCACUGGCAUUGGCCACACUACUCCUGGCAACCCUGUCGCUUUAUCAAAACAUACCGCCAAGGGUGAGCUUUCUGCUAUUGGUAAAGGCAAAUGGAACACCGAUUUGUCAAGCUACGCCCAUCUCAAUGCUCAAGACAUUCAUUCCGGCUUCUUGAAUCGUCUGUAUACCAGCCGCGACUAUGAAGCUGGUUUGGUCAACUUGAUGAGGGAACGAUAUGAGUGUUAUGAAGAAAAGGAAUAUCAGAUGGAGUCGAAACGGAACGAAAUCAACUGGAGAAGUUAUUUUUGGAAGGAAACAUGCCUGAUGGACUUGGACCCCACGUCAAGGAAGAAACGAGGUGCUCACAAAUGUGGGGGGCGCGCCCCCCUGUCUCGUGGGACCCUCGUGGCUCCCCUGAUGUACCUCCUGCACCCAUAUAUACCUACGUGACCUAAAACUUCUAGAACGCAACAUAGAUCGGGAGUUCCGCCGCCA